CCAUCCCACCAGAGGAAAGGAAACUAUCGGAAGACGCGCCGAAACUACCAAGGUCCCUCGGUCCCUAGUCAUAGUCACCAUUAUUGUUCUGAUUUGAUAUUACCCUGGUCGCAUCUAUCUAAACCAUUCGAGAUUGGCAAGGGAAACUAUGCCUCCUUCAAAUGAAUCAACCUCGUCUGCGAGGCCGAAGCAGAAUGAGAGAAGAGAUGGCUCGAGUACCCAGAAAGAUGCCACAUACAAUCAAUCCAAUUUCACUCGACAGACAAAUGCCGUGAAGGAUUUAUUCAGUAUACCUAGACCGGUUAAGAAAUUAUUUGAUAAAGUUCCUGUUGUCACAUAUCCAGCAAACGAGUUACCACAAAGGAGUCCUGGGGCAAAGAGCAGAAGAAAUGAUAGAGAUGCUAGAUUGCCCAGUUUAUAUAUCUUCUGUAGAGAGGGCGAGGAAGAGAAUGGAGGCAGGCCAAGUUUUAAUCCGGGAUGUUUGAAAUGGCAGACAUUUUUAAAUCUCGCAGGAAUUAAUCAUAAUAUUGUCUCUUCAAAUAAUCAUGCUUCACCUACUGGUGUCCUACCUUUCCUCUUACCAGGCAUCAAAUCGAAUUCUUCACAAGAUGUCCACCUUCCAAUACCGAGUAAUGGACUGGUGAAAUAUGCAAAGGAACAAGGAAAGAAAGUCCCUGAACCAAAGAGUAGGAAAUUGGAAGCUUAUCAAGCUCUAAUCGAUCAUAAUAUUAGAAAUGCUUGGCUACAUUCUCUUUAUCUGACCCCCUCGAACUUCCGCGAGAUAGCCGCUCCCCUCUACAUAGACCCGGCAUCCUCCUCUCUCCCAGUUCGCCUCUAUACGGCCCACCAACUGCGCUCCGCAGCGGAAUCUGAGUUGCGCAAGAGCGCGGAAAUUAUUGACCAGGAAAUGAUUUAUAGGGAGGCGGACAGAGCAUGGGAAGCACUUAGUUUGUUACUUGGGGAGGAGAAAUGGUUUUCUGGGGAUGCGCCGGGCCUCUUUGAUGCGAGCGUUUUCGCUUAUACGUGGUUGUUAGGUGAUGAGGGGUUGGGGUGGGGGAAGGGUGAUAAGAGGUUCGCGGAGGGUAUGGGGAGGUGGAGAAAUCUUGAGAGGCAUAGAGACAGGGUAUUUAGGAGGUGUUGGGGGGAAGGAGAUGGUGUACUGGUAUGAAAGGGGAGAGGAGAGAUGUACUAGAGAUAUAAGAUGGGAGAAAGGAAAAUUGGGUGCUGACACUAUAAUGCGGAGAUCUGAGGGCACCGAAGAACAUUAUGGUCGCCAACAAAGUACGGUUUCAGAGGAUCGUGGGAUGGUAGGGGAAUGAAAUAAACGAAUUCCCCAUGCAUAGCAGCAUCACAACUCCAGGAAACCGAAAUUCAAACCAGAGAAAUUGAAAGUGGUGGGAAAGUGUUACUUCGCCUGUUCCGUCUUACAAUCUCUAUGCUACGCUGUUGAGAUAUUUUUGCUUCUUCUCUUUUACUCCGCAUUUUGCUCACAGCUUCUGCGU